AUGGAUGAUUCACAAGGUGUGAAUCAAUUCACUCAAUUCAAUUAUGGGGCUGAAUCGCCUUCUGAUCACGCUGGACCUUCUUCACCUGAUCGAGGGAGCUCUUCAAAACGACCAAGGGAGUCUUCGACUGAACCAACAAGAGUGCAAUUAGCGUGUUUUUACUGUCGAUCGAAGAGAAUAAGAUGUAAUGGUGUUAGACCGACUUGUGAAGGAUGUCAGAAAGCGGGAGUACCUUGUGAAUGGCCAGCUGCAAGAGCAAAGAAGAGAACAAAGAAACAAAUGGAAGAAGCUAGGAUGAAGGAGAAAAUAAGUGGUGCAGGUGUCAUAGGUGCUGAUAAUACUUCUAUAUCGAAAAACGAUAACCAGAAUUUCUCAUUAUCUAUUGAUCCAGCAGAUUUAUGGAAUUUAGCAAAUACCACGAACUAUUUAUGGCCAACGGAUUUCGAUCAAAAUCAAAAUCAAAAUCAAAACUUGACCCAACCCAUUCCAACAGAUAAUCUUGCAAUGGAUGUACCAGACUUUCUCUCAUCCUCUACUUCACAACAACCUGAGAAUACCACGACUUUUACACCGGCGUCCAAUGUAUCCUUUUCCGGUUUACCUCCAAAUACAUCUAUUUCCGGAACAGGGAUGAUGGCUCCUCCAAUGACUAGCAACACGAGUAACCCAGUGCCGUCAACUAGUAUGGCUGAUUUGGGGUUGACUUUACCCACGGAUUGGUCACCUUCCGCUGAUAUGAGAUUAGCGACAGCUUUAGAAGAUCAAAUGGCUUUCAUAAAUGGCAAUCCUGAAGAGGACAAGGACUUGGAAUUAUAUUAUUACAGAUUUUCUGGUUCAACAGCAAUUCACCCUGGAGUUAAUCGAAUCUCGUUAAAACUUCAACGGAGGUCUGCAGAAUCACCUCUUGCAGCUCCUCAGCCUGGUGAAGCAGAUUCACCAUUAUCAUAUGCCACACCAUCAGCGGAAUUGUUCGAUUCUUCUGGCAUGCCGCUUCCAAAAGUAUGGAAACAUCUAUUUUCUUUGUUUCUCAAACACUGUUCACAACAUUUCCCUUCUACAAGUCAUCAACGUAUGGUAGAAAGAAUUGAAACUGGAACGAUGUCCCAAUUUUUAGCAUGUUGUAUAUGUUCUUUGGGAGCAAGAUUUCAAGGUGGUAAAGAAGAUCCAACUAUUUCAGCAGCACCGUUCAUCGCGAAAGCCCAAGAAUUGAUAAUACCAUUAUUACAUCUACCUACAUAUGAUGUGGUCACUGGGUUAUUGUUCUUAGCUUGGGGUAAUUAUGGACAAAAUUCAGAAUCUGGUUUAUGGCAAUACAGUGGAAUGUCAAUCAGAAUGGCAAUUGACUUAGGUGUACACGAGACUUCCGAAUUAUACGAAUCACCUGCUCAUCAGAUUAGAACAAAGUUGUUAUUUUGGUCGCUAUUCAUUACCGAUAGGAUAAUAGCUUUUGCAACUGGAAGACCUGCAAGUAUACCGGAAGAUAUAAUUGAAAUUCCUUUACCAACAGAUGAAGAUUUCUUUCCUGAUCCAGCAAGAAAUUUGCCUGACUCCCCGCAGGAAGAAAUCGAAUCGAUACCUUUUGUUCAAUUAGUCAAACUAAUGAUUAUAUGUGGAAGAAUAUCAAACGUUUUAAAUGGAAGACGUGGUAGAAUAAGAACAUUGGUAAAUACAACUGAACCUUUACCUGAAUUGUUAGCAGAUCUUCAAUUAAGAUUAGUUCAGUUUUAUUCAACUUUACCUGAAAGUUUAAGAUGGUCAGCUGAAAAUUUCAAACAUCAACAUAAUCGUGGUCAUGGUGGAGCUUUUUUAGCUAUUCAUUUAUGGGCAAAUGCUGUUUUAGCUUUGGUUUAUCAUCCUGAUCUAUUGAAAUCUCCAAGUGGAAUCGAAACGCCUUUGAAUAAGAGCAUGGAUAGAAAUAUCAGAUUGAGUUUGGCAAGUUCAAGACAAAUUUGUGAAUGUAUGGUCUUCGCCGAUCUAGUAGAUUCAACGAGUUAUACUUCAGCACCAUAUCUCACGCAGCCAUUAUUCGUAGGAGCAAUGGCAUUCGUGCAUGAGAUGCGUUCACUCAGUAUAUCAUCGUCUGAUCCGUCUUCGCAAAACCCAACGGACGUAUUAAUGCUCUCAAUGGCCAAGCAGAAUUUCCAAGCUCUAUUGAAUGCCAGUCAGCGCAUGGAAGACUACUGGGCUGGUGCAGCAUACGUCGCUCAGGCCUUGGAAAAACGCUCAGGUUUCCCGAAGUCAACCAAAAGAAGGUCAAGUAAGAAGACAUUCAUCAGUCUACCUGAUACCGGCUUAUUGAGACGGUUCACUACUGAUCGUGCGCAUCCAUCGAACGUCGCACCGGCAACAGAAACAUCAAUGCGGGAAUCAAUAGCUAGAAGUGAAAGAAGCAGUUCUUUCUCCGCUUCUGGACCAACUCCGUUAUGGCUAGCGGAUCUCAUGUCUGGAUAUACCGUUGAGAAUAUGUCAUUCGCACCUGCCAAUAAUCUCGAUUUGGAGAGAUUACUUGCUUCCGGAUAUGGCAGUGCAGAAUUCAUAUCAACAACAGCGGGAACAGGCAUGCCUACAGGGAAUGGAAGCAACGGAACGCCAGCAAGUGGUAUGACUGGGUGA